ACAUUGCAUUGCCGUACCAUAUGUAGGAUAGAUCAAUGUGCAGUGCACUUACAUAAUUAGAAAAGUGUGUGUUUCUUUGGACGCGUUUCUUUGACUUUGUGGAUCUAUUUUGCUAGAAUAAUUAUCAUGUUCACAGGUUGAUGUAAAGUAUUGUCAUUUUUCUCAUCGAAUAGGAAAACGGUAAAGAAGAGAACAGGAUGGAUCAAAUCGAAUCAAAUUUACGAAGACAUGUCGAGGCCGGAUUGAACGAAGUGCCCGCAGUUUGGUCAGUUGUGCUGUAUACUUUGUUCGGGUCAGUUCUGGGCUUCCAGUGCUACAAUCAAGCCCUCAACUAUGUGCCCGCGCCUGAUAAAUAUUCUGGUGGAAAUCGGUUUAAAUGGCGGAAUGUUAUGGCUUCUUUUCUUCAUGCUUUCCUCACAGGGACUGGAUCACUUUAUUGUUUAUACACAUCUCCGUUCAUCUUAGAUGACCUAAUACACAACUUUACUCCAUUCAGUGAGAUUUUAGUUUCCCUUUCUACAGGUUAUUUCGUGUAUGAUUUUCUAGACAUGCUUGCAUAUAAGAAAAUCUCCAGUUCGUGGCCUUUACUACUUCAUCAUAUUGUUAUAUUCACAUGUUUUGGGGUAGCCUUGUACUACCAGCACUACAUAGGCUAUGCAGUGGUGGCGCUCAUGGCAGAAGUCAACAGUAUAUUCCUUCAUUUACGGCAGCUCUUACUCAUGAACAGCUAUCCCAAGUCAUCGACGACCUACAUAGUCAACAGCAUCGUCAAUGUGAUAACGUAUAUCAUGUUCCGUUUCGGUGUGCUGAUCUGGAUGGCUUGGUGGUUGUCCCAGCACACGCAGGACUUACCAAUCACGAUGAGCCUUCUGGCUGGCUGUGGACUAACGAUCAUGAUCACUGUAAACUUUGUGCUUUUCCUAAGACUCCUUGUCAGUGACUUCUUUUCAAAUAGUGGUUACAAGGAUGUCUUAGACAAAUAAGCUUCCGUUUCUCCAUGUUAUCCAUCUCAACAAUUCUUUUUUAUAUGAUGAAUAUACAUGUACACACCAUCCUGGUCUAAACUGAUAUUCAUAUUCAGUUGUCAUAUUAUUUUUAUAUGAUUUUUAUGAGAAACUCUUUAUGCAUUCACCAUGUGGCAUAUGAGAAGGUGUGGAAUGUGUUGGGCAAUUGUAUGCACAUAUUAAUUAUUUUUAAUUAGAACUGCUCACAUAAAGUGCAAAUGUGUGAUGUCAUCAUCCUUUAUUUUUAUAUGGAAAUUUGUUUAAUGAUCAUAUUUGGUACAUGCAGCACAUGAUGACAAGCCUCUACUCACCAAAUUUGGCAUGGUUCUUGUUGGCUCAAGGUAGUCACAAUACGCGAUUAGCCCCAUUGAGGCCAAUCUAAAUUGGCCUGGUUGAGGACAGUUUGAUGUCAAUAGGGCUACAUGUACAUGUUUGACCAUCAUUAAUAGAUUCCCACCCAACUUUGGGCUGUAGAAGUUUGUCUUUUUAUCAUGCUCAACAUGGUAUCCAUAUGCUGAAAUACAAAAAAAAAAGCAUUCAGAAUUGUGAUGUCAUAUUGCUUCAGUACUCUAAUGUGAAUGGGAAAGUGAGUGCCUGUCGGAGAAAUUGGGUAUAUUUGUACUGUGUUUGUGAUCAUGAGAUUGUUAAUGGCAUGUUUACAUGUUUGUCAUUCAGAGUAAUUGUAUUAAUGGAAGCAGGAAGUGAUCUGUUGGUUUACGUUGAACCCAGCAGUGAUUCCAAAUUACUUCAACCAUACAGUAGUUUGAUUAUUGAAUUUAUAUGAUGUGUGUAUGUGAUAUUGAUGCUUUGAAAGAAUAUAACUGCCUUUGAAUGAAAAACUAAUAAUCUUUAAAACAAUAAUUGAAGAAAACAUACGUGUAUCGUUAAUCUGGUGUAUCAGGUAUACAGUAUCAGACCUGGGGAUAAGAAUAAGACAGCUAUAAUUUAAAGAAUGAAAAGACUGAGUUGAAGAUUAAAUCUGAGAGUUUGAAAAUGGAGAAAUUUAACAAGUUACUAUUUUGAAGCAAGGAUAAUUUUUUAUAUUAGUAGAACUUGAAAUGUUGCAUUAGAUUGAUAAUUCAUUAAAUCCCCCGCAGUAAAGUCAAGAAAAUUGAAUUUUGAAGAAAUUGGGUAUUAGUCAUUUGAAGAAUGCAGUGCUUUAUGCCAGGGAUCAGAGGUGCUCUCAGUGCUCAGAGCGGCUCUCUUUCAUUCCCUAAUGUUUUAUCUUUAAUAGUGAGGGUUUGUGAUGAAAAGAUUGCCAGAUUCCAUGUGAAAGGCCUGGAUCUGACUCUUGGUGAGAUGUCUGAAUAUUCUCUGUAGGUCUUCAUCAUUGAGAAACCACAUGAAUAUAAAUGUAUCAUGUGGUGUAAGGAGCUUACAAGACAUUUCAUUACUUUCACUGUUUGUGCCACAUAGUUAUGUGCCAUACCCAAUGUUUUCAAGAAAAUUGAUACAUAUUUUUUUCUUGAAAUAAACUUUAAAAGAUGUUCACAUUAACACACCCACAAGUACUUAAUUUUUCAUAUUAUUCAGUUCAGAAAAAAAAUCUAAUGAAAAGAAAAUUGUAAACAGUUUACAUAUUAAUUUAAUUUAUAAAUUAUAAAUGACAUUGAAAUUGCAGAUUUAAUUGAAAUGGAAAGAAACAAAUUUGUGAAUCAAAGCUGGAAGCCACUUGGAGGAGAUCCAUUCUCAACUGCCUGACGAAACAUUGCCAUGUCAUCAAGUGUACAAUUUAUACCCCAAUUUGACAAUAACAUACAAUUACACUGCUGUGAAGCUGCCUUGAGUUUAGGUUUGAGUUUGAGUCUGCUGUUUCACACAUCAAGCAUGGAUCUGCAUACCCUGUAGCCUCAUUGUUCAGACCUUGUUACAGAUUAUGACUGAGAAGGGUUUGUGUUUGAAGACUAAGAAUCUCUUGUUUAUGAUAUGACUGUGUUUUGUCUUGAACAUUCAUAAUUAAUCACCAGCUGUGAAGGAUGGAUCUCUGGCUAUGAUGACCUACUACACAUGCCAUGCACCUGUUCUACUGUCGUCCUUCAAGACACUGGCAAUUAUCUGAUAUUUGUCUGUGCUGUCAUGUUGAUAUACUUGUGAAAACAUCGUAAUCAUUUACCUUGGGAGUAAGACUAAUUAUUCAGAUCAUAUACUUUUAUUCUUGUGAUAUUUACUUGUGGGAAAAUAAUAGGGUUAUUAUUUUGAGGUUUGAAUAUUCCAAAAUUUUGUUAUUCUUGAACAUGUAAAUUGCAUAUAUACCAAGAUGUAUGUCUGUCCGAAGAUGAAAAGGGGUUCAUUAAUCUGAACAUUUAUGGCAUUGUAAUCCGACAGAAAUUGGGUUUGUUAUUCUUAACAUAAGGUUUUUAAUCUGACAAUAAAAUAAGGUUUGUUAUUCCAAAGGUGCAAUAGUGGGAAAAUUGAAUAAGGUUCACUAAUUCGAAGAUAUGAUAUUGCAAAAAUGAAAAGCUGGUAAGGUUUGUUUAAUAGACCUACCUUAUCAACUAUAAACCAUUUUUUUUCCUUUCUGCAAUCAUAGAGCUUUGCUGCAAUUUACCAUUCAGUUGUUGAUUUUAUGUGGUAUAUUAAUUACACCCCGUAAACAUGGUUUUUUUUCUUGGCGAUAGGGUUUAGACAGGAACGGGGAUUACAAGUUGGCCAUUUGUAUUAUAAACUGCAUUUAUAUACAUCAAUGUUUUGAAACUGGUGGGUGUUUCAUAAAGCUGUCGUAAGUUAAGAGUGACUUUAAGAACGACUGGUGAUCCUUUCUUUCUUGUACAUGUAAAUGAUAUUCACCAUUAAAUGUUCAUUGGUGAUUAUUUAGUGCGUAAGAAAGGUUCACCAGUCGUUCAAGAAGUUGCUCUUAACUUACAAACAGCUUUAUCAAACACCCACAAGGAGAUUCAGCUGAAUCAAGCCUGGACAUUAUUCAUUUCCAUGCUCUUCUUCAAGUCCAUUCCCUGGAGAACUAAUCCAUUAACUUGUUGUCUUAUUCAUGCACUUUGCAUGUUAGCAUUUACAAAAUAACAGAGAAUGACACAAUGCCAUUGGCUGACUAUACUGCAAGAAUCCAAAUCAUUUUCAUUAUGUACCUCAAAGCCUUCAAUAUUCUAUUCUCGCUGUUAAAACGCACAAAGGAAAAAAACACUUUUCCUGAGUAAAAAUGUAUUUAGUAUCAUGAGACUAAUGCAAUGAUACUCAUGGUACAUGUAUUCUCUUGCUGCGGUGGCAAAUGUGUUUUAAUGCACUCCAAUUUAGUGCAGAUUAAAUAAUGUAUGUAUUUUGAUUAAUUGGUAAUUUCUAGCAAUUUUUAGGUACUACAUCAAAUGAAGAUAUUUCUGAAGAAACUUAUUUUAAAUAAUUCUUUGAUAGUAAAAUGAUUUUUGAUAGACAUUAAAGCUACAUGAAAGUUUUGAAAUUAUUAUUAAUGUUUCUGAGUUUUAACUUCAAUACUGCCAUAUGUUCAUUUAUUUGAUAGUACACAACUGAUCUAAAAACAAUAGUGUUUACAUGUUGACCUUAUUGGUACUCCAAGCAGUAUAUUAUUAACCGUGUCAGACAUCUGAGCAGGGCAACUUUAAUACAAUAUUGCCUGCUUAUGACUGUGGUCAAAUGGUCGGUCAAUAAGUUUCCAGUUGUUUAUCCAAGGAUUCAAUUUAUUGCCCGCUCAGGAUAAUCUGAGAAAAUGCGUGGAAAUGUUGCGGGCAAUAAGGCAGAGCUAACAUCCGGGUAUUCUAUGUGUUUUUGUACGCAUCCUUGAAUUGCGCAGUGCUAUACGUCACAAUGUUUAUCAAGUUGAGACAACGCUGGAUACUACCUGCCCAGGCCAGGGUCGCGUCAUUUCAAUUACGUCACAAUGGUAUAGUUCAGAGGCCCAGUCUGCUCAACAUGACAAAGUAAAUUACCAUUCUUAAACUCUAAGAUA